AUGAGCUCGCUUCGUGUCAUCGGCGCCGGCCUGCCGCGAAGCGGCACUAAGUCAUGCAAGGCCGCGCUGGCGCAGCUGCUUGGAGAGCCUUGCUGCCACUUUGAAGAUGUCAUCCAAGACCAGAGGUUGCUGGACAGCUGGCACGGCGUCGUGGUCCGUGGAAAGCCUGCAAACUUUGACAAGCUGUUUGCGGGCUACAGCGCGUGCACGAUGUGGUGGCAGCAGCAGCAGCAGCAGCAGCAGCAGCAGCAGCAGCAGCAGCAGCAGCAGCAGCAGCAGCAGCAGCAGCAGCAGCAGCAGCAGCAGCAGCAGCAGCAGCAGCAGCAGCACUACCACCACCUCCGCAAUCAACAACCACGCCUCACAGGCCAGCACGAUUGCAAGAUUCUCAAAGCCGCCGCCCCCGGCGCCGUCGUCCUGCUGACCGUCCGCGACCAGCGCGCGUGGUGGCGCUCCUACAACACGCUCAACGCCGCGGUGCGCGUGCACGGCAUCCUCUGCUGCUGCUCCCGCAUGCCCGCGGUGGCGAAGCUGUACCCGCUGUGGGUCGCGGCGAUGGUCGCGUUCUUCGGGGCGAGGUGCAGCGGGUUCGGGCGCGACAUGGAGGCACACCUGGAGCUGGUCUCGCGCCACGAGGAGCGCGUCAGGGCGGCGGUGCCGGCGGGGCGGCUGCUGGUGUUUGACGUAAAGCAGGGGUGGGAGCCGCUGGUAUCGUUCCUCGAUGCCAACGGCGUGCGGCACGCAUCGGGCGCGCGGCUGACGGUGCCGAUGCAGCCGUUCCCACACCUGAACGAGGGUUCCGGCGUGUUCCUGUGGCUUUGGAACCUGGUCUGGCACCGCCACAGGGCGGACAUCGCCCUGCGGGUCGCGUCGGCGCUCGGGUGGCUCUAUUUCUUCCCGGGCCCCACCUCGGUGGUGAUACUGCUGGUGCUGCUGCGGAUUCUCAUCCGCUGA